UUACGCAUCAUUUUCUAGAGUUUUAGAAACUUUUAUUAAUCAUAAUAAUGAAAGAAAUAUCUGGGAAAAAUCUCAUUUAAAAAGUUUAAGUAGUUAAUCAGCUUUAUAUGCUAUUAAAGUAUUUCCAUAAAAAGCAGAUUCAAAAGAGAUUGUCAAGUUUUAACACAUUGAAAAUUCAGCAGGGGAAAAUCAAUUCAUUAAAAAUUUGUAUUGCUUCUCAAGUUUCAAAAAAGGAAUCACAAUUGCCACACAUAAUAAUUUGAAUAUCACAAAGAUCUUUUGCUUUGAAAUUAAAGCAAAACAAGCGGAUACUUUGUAUCCGUUUUAAGGAUCAUUAAGUUAAUCCAAAAUUCAUCAUUUAAGUGCACAAUUAUCAAAACUUGGAGGCUCCGAGGUUUGGAUAAAAGCAGUUAAAAGAAGAUUUUUGAAUUUUCUUGCAUCAAAAUUAAUUCAUCACUUGAUUAAAUUAACGAAAAAAAUUGCAAAUAACAAAGUUAAGAAAACAUACAAGUGGCAAGCAAGAGUACCUUGAACAACUUUAUAGAGUGAUGAUUGAUUCAAGCAUUGACAAUUUUCACGUUGAAAUUAAAAGUGAACCACGAGAUCCUGUUUCCGAUGAGGAAAGUUCAUCGUGCAUUGAAUAUCAAAAUGUUUUAGAACCGCUAGAACUAAAAUAUGAAGCAGAAGAUGAUCAAGUUGAGGAACAAUCAAGAUCGUGUCUCGCACAUCCACGUAAAAAAGAACCUGUAAAGAUUAUUAAGCCGGUUAAAAAAUGGGGAUUUGAGGAGGAUUUAGAAGAGCUUGAUAAAAAUCUAAAGAAUUUUCGUAUCAAAUAUAAAGAAGAAAUAAUUGUGCGGAAAUUUUAUGCAUCAAAUUUCAAAAAUUGUGAAAUAUCUGGAUCAAAGUCCAAAUUACUUGACACGUUGGCCAACAACCUACGUAUUUUAAAUGAAGAAGAAACUUCAGAUUCCGUAUCCGUUUUGCUGAUUAUUCCAUUUGCAUAUCCAAUCGUUUCAUUCAAUUUAUUAAAUAAAUCAGCAGUUGAAAAAUGUUUCGAGGAUAUGAAUAAUGUCCCGAAAAUUGAGCUGAAAAAUGGAAUAAUUAAAUUUUCUCAUCAAGAUGAAAUCACCAAAAUUUUGAAUAUAUUUGAAAAUAUUACAAAUGUUAAAAAUAUUAUCGACAACGAUGAUGGUCAAUUGUGGAAGCUUUUAGAAUGUAAUCCACAUAAAAAACCAUUUUCAGUUGACAAAUCGACACCAAAUGAGUCCAUGCCAUUCAAAAAAUUACAAAUUUCAUUAAAAGAUUUUAAAAAUUUAAAAAUUUAUAAAAGCCCUGCAAAGGCACUUCCAACAGACAUCAAAAUUAAAGAUGAACCAAUAGACAACCCAGAACCAGUCAUACCUGAUAUAAAAAUCAAAGAAGAACAUGAAGAUCAACCAAUGUUGUCCAGCCUGCCUUUAUAUUUAACAGAGGAUCAACCAGGAACCUCACAGCAAGAAGACACAUACAUAAUAACAGAACUUGAUGAUGUUAAACAGGAAAUAACAGAAGAUAAUUUUUCAUACUUUACAUCCAAUUUCCCAGAAACUUCAACUGAAAACAAGAAUAAUGAUGAUGAAGAUGAAUUCCAAUACAACACAGUUAAUUCCUUUAAAUCAGACCUAGCAACAAGACGCAGUGUCUCACAUACAGUUGUGUCUGGCAAUCCAAAUAAAUCCAAAGCCGAAGCAGCGUUGAUGGCAAUGCAGGAAUUGAUGAAGAUUGAGCAAGACAAGAAACUAGAAAAGGAACGAUCAGCUUCAGGACUGAAUCAAGUUGAGAAGCCAAAAACCAUGAAUGUGUCUUUAAAUGUCAACGGAAUUAGAGUUGUUACUAAAGUUUCACUUCCAAGUGUAAGUGGAGUUGUUAAAAAACCAGUAAAAACAGUCGAGGAAGAAUGCAAAUAUCAAUGUCCAAUUUGCUUUAUAAAAUUCAAAACUGAUGGUCAACUAAUUGGACAUAAAAGGAUCCAUGAUACAGCAAAGGCUAAGCUCAACACCGCUGAUAUGACCAAAAAUGUCUACAGAGAAGUGAAAAUGAGAAUUGAGCAGAUUGGAAACAGACGUAGCAUCCAUGUCUUGCUUCCUAAUUAUGACUAUGCCUUCAUAGUAACAAACUCAACAGCUAAUAAACUUUAUAUGAAAUGCUUCAGACAAGCUUGUGAAGUUAAGGCUUACAGCACUAAUGAUGGUAAGUUUUUCGUCAAAGUUGGUGAAGAGCAUUGCCAUGGACCAGACCGCGAAGUUAUCUUGUCAAAAAUUGAUGAGAAGAAAAGAAGUGACUUGGAAAAAACGGAAGUCAUUAAUAAGAGUGUGCAGGAAGCGAUUGCACAGAAACAAAGACAAAAAAGUCAAAUGGAAGAAAAGAAGCAUGCAUUGAUUGAAAGAAUUAAGAGGUCACAGGAAGCAGGAGUAGGGAGAAAAGUUAUUCAAGAAGUUAAAAAAAGAAAAAUUGAUUAAAAUCUAAUGUUAAUUUGUUGUAAUUUUAUCGUUUAUUUCUACAUAUUUUUAAAUUCAAUAAAUUAAUAUUGAACUGGA